AUGCCCUGCCCCGGCUCUGGCCCUUCUGGCUUCUUGGCCUUUUUGGCCCCUGGACUGGCGCUGUUGGCUCACCUCUCUCUCCCCUCUCAGGCCGGGGUGAAGCGGCUUCCCGCCAGGACAAGCCCGCAGGGCACCCCGGGCAGGACGCUCAUCCUCCUGGACGUGAGUACCAGGAGCUCCCUCCGUGUCACCAGCGAGAACUUCCUCUCGCUGCAACUGGACCCUUCAAUCCUUCACGACGGCUGGCUGGACUUCCUCAGCUCCCGGCGCUUAGUGACCUUGGCGCGUGGCCUGGCGCCCGCCUUUCUCCGCUUCGCGGGCAAAAGGACCGACUUUUUGCAGUUCCAGAACGUGAAGAACCCAGCCAAGAGCCGGGGUGGACCGGGACCGGAUUACUACCUCAAGAACUACGAGGACGACAUUAUUCGCAGUGAUAUUGCAUUGGAUAAACAAAAAGGCUGUAAGAUUGCCCAGCAUCCUGACAUCAUGUUGGAAUUACAAAGAGAAAAGGCAGCUCAGAUGCACCUGGUUCUUCUCAAGGAACAAUUCUCUAACACCUACACAAAUCUCACACUUACAGCCAGGUCUCUAGACAAACUUUAUAAUUUUGCUGACUGCUCUGGCCUGCAUCUCAUCUUUGCACUAAAUGCUUUGCGUCGGAAUCCCAACAAUUCCUGGAACAGCUCCAAUGCUCUCAGCCUGCUCAAGUACAGUGCCAGCAAGAAGUACAAUAUCUCCUGGGAGCUGGGCAAUGAACCAAAUAAUUACCGAACCCUCACAGGACGAGCAGUGAAUGGCACUCAGUUGGGGAAGGACUACAUGCAGCUGAAGAGACUGCUACAGUUAAUCCGCACCUACUCCCGAGCCAGUCUGUAUGGGCCCAAUAUUGGGAGACCUAAGAAAAAUGUUGUCACCCUCUUGGAUGGGUUCAUGAAGGUGGCAGGGAACAUAGUAGAUGCAGUUACCUGGCAACAUUACUACCUUGAUGGCCGAGUGGCCAAGGUGACGGACUUCCUGAAAACACGCCUGUUAGACACACUCUCUGACCAGAUCAGGAAAAUCCAGAAAGUGGUCAAUGCACACAUGCCUGGAAAAAGGAUUUGGUUAGAGGGUAUCGGGGCUGCUUCUGAAGGAGGCAUCACUAAUCUCUCAGAUUCCUAUGCUGCCAGCUUCCUAAUCUUGGACUACUGGCUCUCACUGCUAUACAAGCAACUUGUUGGACCCAGAGUACUUGCUGUUCAUGUAGCUGGACUGCAGAGAAAACCUCGCCCUGGCAGGGUGAUUCGUGAUAAGUUACGCAUCUAUGCUCACUGCACCAGUUACUACAACCAUAAUUAUGUCCGUGGUUCUAUCACAAUUUACAUUAUCAACUUGCAUCGGUCACGAAAGAAAAUUAAGUUGGUGGGGACCCUUCGGGACAAGCUUGUCCAUCAGUAUGUGCUGCAACCCGAUGGUCAGGAAGGACUUCAGUCAAGGUCUGUGCAGCUUAAUGGACAGCUCCUCACUAUGCUGGAUGAUGGAACCUUGCCAAAUCUGAAGCCUCGUCCUCUUCGUCCUGGCCGAACCCUUGUUAUUCCACCUCUCACUAUGAGCUUCUACGUGGUGAAGAAUGUUAAUGCCCUGGCGUGCCGGUACCGGUAGUUCUACCAAACCCCACUGCCAAGGGCAGACCUUGAGACCCUCUUGGGCCACUUCUUGGCAAGGGUGUGCAGACAUAAACAGGAAAAGGAGGACAGAAGUGCCUCCAGGAAAACACUGGCUAUCCACAGCUGUUUCACAUGUUCUUAU